GGCGGCCCGCCGGUGAACGGCCAAACGGCGAUCAUUUCGAGUUCACACGUCGCUUGUUGUUCCUGCUCGUUACUGGCGUCGUUCAUUUCUACAAGUUGUUGAAAUAAUCCAAUCCGCUGACGCUGCAAUUCGCCGUUCAGCAUAAUGUCUUAUAAAUCGAAAAAGCAUACGUACCUCAAAAAGGAAAUCGAUAGCUUGUUUUAUAAUGCUUUUUAUGACACAAGUUAUGUUUCUUUGACAACAUUUACUGCAGAAGACAUAGCAAAUUAUAAAUUGAGCUUAAUUAAAAAUAAGAAUAAGACACCCAAAAAAGUUAGUAAUAUAACUAAAGACAAUAAAACUUCUAAAAGCAAUAAAAGGUCAAAAGAUGAUAAAAAGCCAAAAGAUGAUAAAAAGUCAAAAGAUGAUAAAAAGUCUAAAGAUGUUAAAACGUCUAAAGAUGACAAAACGUCUAAAGACAACACAAUUAUAGACGAUGAGCCUGCUAAAAAAAAACAGAAAUUGGAUACAAAUGGAAUAGAUGUUUUGAAAUUAGUAUUAUCUAGAGAGGGUGAAACUCAUAAAUUUAAAUCACAAUUCAAGUCUUCGUUAAAACCCAAUAAGGAAAUUGCGUCCAUCAGUACAGCAGAGGAUGAACCCAUAGUAAUUGAUUGCGACGAAUCUACCACAACUCCUAAUUCUUCAGCUUCGAAUUUCAAACAAAGGCUCUGGGUCAAAGAUAUUAAGGAAAUGAUGGAUGCAGCUAAUUACAUAAAGUGGCAGAAAAUAAUCAAUUAUGAUAAUAAACCCAAUCAUCCAACAAAUGGCAUGAAAAAGUUAGCAGUUGUUAAACUACCUGUAAGCGGACCUAAAGUAACUGGACUUAAACACGCUGUAAAUGGCAAAAAAUAUGUAAAAGGGCAUUUAGUUAAAAUUGAAAAAUUAUACAAAAAGUAUUUCAGCAAAUCCGUACAAGAUACUAUCGUGAUUAUUGCAAAUAUACUCAAUAUAAUUUCAAUGUCUAACAAACAUCACAAGGCACGAAUGGAUGAAUCUUUUAAGAAAAGAACUGAAGCUGAAAAACUUAAAGAAAGAUGCGAUGCCAACCGAUUACAUGGAAGGCAUAAAAAAAUUCUAGAAACAAAGUUGAAAAACAAUUUUAUAAACGUUGUAUCAUCUUUUGAAAUGUCGGAAUUUGAUUCUGCAUUUCAAAUGUUUUUUCUAAGUAUAUUAACUGUACUUCGAGUUUUGGAUCAGCCCAAAUUCAAAAAAGGUAGUAUCUUCAAAAAUUUGGUACUUUUACUAUGGAAUAGUUUGAAGAACAGUGAAUAUAACCAUCCCAAAAUUUUUUCAAUGUUCCGGUCAAAGACAUUUCGACCUGACUGCAUUGAUUUAAUAAGUCUAAUUGAAGAUAGUCGGGAUAUGGACUCUGGAGUCACCGAUCGCAUGUCAUUGUUUUUUGUAUCAACAGUAACCAGUCGGGAAUGUUUUCAACCAGUUAUUGAUGCUGUCACCGGUGAUUCGAAUGAAGACCUGGGGUUAUUAAUCGAUAAUGCAAUUUUUCAAUGUUCCAUUAGUUCAAAGUUUACAGAUCCUGUAGAUUCACCAACUUCACAAUAUUCAGAUGACAAAAUACCAACAACAGAAACUAUCCCAAGCACUAUCAAUUCUGAGGAAAUAAUUCAACACUGGGUCCUAGCCAAAAAUCCAGAUGGAACUUACCAACAAAUACCUGUGAUAAAUGGUCAUAAUACCCAAACCAUUGGUAAUACUGCAUUAAGACCAACAAUUUUAACGAGCCAGCCGUUAAAUAACUUCUAUCAAACAUUUUCUUCUUCUCUACAAAAUAAAACUUUUGAACCUUCUACUUCUAAAGUGAUACCAACAAACAAAUGUUUUGUUGUCGCGACAACUAUUUCCCACAGUCCUUUGGUACAAGUAACAGCAUCUUUGUCAAAAUCUGCUACACCAAUACCAGCAACAACAACAACAUUUGUGACGUUCAAACCAGCAGUUCCGAAUAAUAUAUCUAUGGCAAACAAUUAUUUUCAUAGAGAAGGUGGCACUAUUGUAGUUGGUAACAAACAGUAUCAAUUGGUUAAGGGGCCAACAGGUCAAAUGAGAGCAGUAAUCAAUAAACCUAAAACAUUUGUUAAGCCACCGCAAAUCAUUAUGACCAAAUGUUACGCAAGAAAUUGUACCAAGUCUGCAACAAUAAUGUGCAGUAGCUGUACAUCGGUGAAAUACUGUUCCCAUAACUGCCAACGACAUGACUGGUAUGAUAGUCACAUAAAUGACUGUGAUCAACUGCUAAACAAAAAGUAGAGACCCUAAACUUUCCAUUACAUAUAUAAAUAAUUUUAAUGUAAUAUAUAUAUAUAUUAAAGGCGUUUUCAUGGAAAUAUUUUUACUUAAAAAAAAUAUGGAUUUCCUAUGCUUUUAUAUUCUAAUAUUUCUUACGUUGGUAUAUAAAGUUUGUAUAAUUACGGUUGAUUACUAUUAAGUUUAAAAAUUUAAAUAUUACUAUAUAGUUUUAAGGGUUUUUGUUAAUUGUUAAUUCUUUUUAUCUGUACCUGUAAUUUAUUUUUUUUUCCAGGGAGGGUCGCCAAAAUAAAUAACUAAGUUUUAGUAUUUUAAAUUAUAAAAUAUGUGUUUCUUGAUUUAAUUUAUGUUUGUAUAUAAAUAAAAAAUAAAAGUUAUUUAUGGGAUACUGAGUAGAGUAUGCCUUUGGUAUGGAUCCUACUAUGUAGGUUCAAAAUACCUACAAAACAAAAAAAAAAAAUUACAAUAAUAAAAUAUCAUAAAGCGUGUAUAUAUAACUUUACACAUCAGUUUUACCGUAUUUAGUAAUUAAAUAAAUUAUUUAUGUAUGCUUAUAAUACCUAUAUAAUAUUUCUUAACUUUGUGAUCUAAUAAAUAUUAAGUUUAAUUGUA